AUGGCUGUGGCCGUGACCUUCGGGGCGCGGGGUGCGCGCCGGUCCGGUCCGGGCGGGGAGAAGGUCACGCACACGGGCCAGGCCUAUGACGUCGGGGACUGCAGGAGGAUCCGCAUCGUGGGCCGGCAGAAGGAGGUGAAUGAGAACUUCGCCAUUGACCUCAUUGCUGAGCAGCGCGUGAGCGAGGUGGGGAGCCGCGUGGUGUCCUGCGACGGCGGUGGGGGUGCCUUGGGCCACCCCCGGGUGUACAUCAACCUGGACAAGGAAACCAAGACGGGCACGUGCGGCUCCUGCGGCCUGCAGUUCCGGUGGCAGCAUCACUAGUGGCGGGGCGCCAGAAUAAAGGGCGUCUCCAGG